CAUGCGUGAUCGUGACUGUAAAAUGUCUUUUUCUUUUCAACACAUAUAGCCUUGAAGUAUACAUCGCAAGACGUAAAUGCCGCAAGGCAAUGGCAUGGCUUCUGUAGCUGCCUGGCGUUGGGUCCCACAAGAUGUAUAAUGAAACGUCGCGACACUUGCCAAUUCGCUGAAGAGAUUUCCUAUUGGAUCACCGCCCCCAUUGUUUUUCAGCAAUGCUUCGAUCAAGCCCGAGUUUUGCCGGAUGCUCUUACUGUACAGCACAGCUCAAAGUCCUCAGACGUCACUAGCCCCGCGUCACCCCACUAAGCUGUAAGAAGUGCUGCUCCUGCUCAACAACAACAACACUCCGUGCCCUCCUCAUUCACAACACUCAAUCACAAUCCCACACCCUUAUACCCUAACACAACACCUUUCCACGCAAGUACAACCAAUCAAACCGCAAACAUGGCUCGUCAAUUCUUCGUCGGCGGCAACUACAAGAUGAAUGGCGACAUUCAGACCAUUAAGUCGCUCGUUGAGAACCUCAACAAGGCCCAGCUCGACCAGAACACAGAGGUCGUGAUCGCCCCAUCAGCCCUCUACCUCCUCCUCGCACGCGAACACCUCCGCAAGGGCAUCGAGGUCGCGGCGCAAAACGUCUUCGACAAGCCUAACGGUGCCUUCACCGGCGAGAUCUCGGCACAACAGCUCAAGGACAGCGGCAUCACCUGGGCUAUCCUUGGUCACUCAGAGCGUCGCCAGAUCCUGCAAGAGAACGACGACUUCGUUGCCAGCAAGACAAAGACUGCCAUCGACAACGGACUCAGUGUAAUUCUGUGCUGCGGUGAGAGCCUGGAGCAGCGUGAGGCGGGCGAGACCGUCAACGUUGUUACCAAGCAGCUCAAGGCUGUUGCGGACAAGGUCAAGGACUGGAGCAAGAUUGUCGUUGCCUACGAGCCCAUCUGGGCCAUCGGUACCGGCAAGGUCGCAACUACCGAGCAAGCACAAGAAGUUCACGCCGCUCUCCGUGAGUGGCUCAAGAAGGAGGUCUCAGCCGAGGCUGCUGAGAAGACCCGUAUCCUGUACGGCGGCAGUGUCUCAGAGAAGAACUGCAAGGAGCUCGCCAAGCAGGCAGACAUUGACGGUUUCCUCGUCGGUGGUGCUAGCUUGAAGCCUGCUUUCGUUGACAUCAUCAACGCUAACCAGGCAUGAAUGCCUCGAAGCGAUGCUCGUCUAUGAAUGAUUGGAGCUUGCUUUGGGAGCGAAUAGUUAUGAUCUUAUGAAAUAAAACAAGACUUGGCUAGGACCUAUGUAGAUUCAGCAAAAUGAACGUCCAUGAAGAUCAUCU